AUGGCGCCAAUGAAUAAUCAGAAUUUGAAUUACAGUAGUAAUUACGGCGAGGCCGCUGCCCAGAAGGUCAAUGUCCUUGCCUCUUGCUACCUCGUCGACUCUGCCGCCAACCUCAAGGGCCUCCACUACUGCACUACCGGGGUUGCAGGGGCCGAGUGUCCCCCCCUCGCCGCAUUAACCUCGUCCAACGAGCUCGCCCUCUUGCCUAAGAACAAGAAGCGCGAGAUCCCAGGCCGGCGCCUGGGCCGACGAGGGGGGGCAGCACUUUCGAUCAGGGAAGAAUGUGAGAGAUUCUUUUGCGAGUCCAUGAAGGCGACUUUCCACGGUGAGAGGAAUUCGUCGAUGGAUGGCUCCGGCCUGUCGGGUGCUUAUUUACCAACGCCGCCGUCCGAUGACCGGCUUCCCGAACACUUCAAGCCUGUUUCCGAUGACAAGCUAUCUGCCUACGACAUAACCGCUUGGCUGGAGAUGUGGGACUAUGCCGGCGGUGCGAGCUUCCGCGCCUUUGUUGCUGACGAUGGAGAGGAGAAAUCUCUCUUUGUCUUCUUCGAUAUUGAAGGCGUUCUCGGCCGAGACCUGAAAAAGGCUCUUAUGGCCCUUAUCGAACUGGCUGACGGUCCUCUGGACUGUGCCCACAUUGUUACAUGCAUUGACAGACGUAUCCCUGCGGACGACGCUCACUCUCUGUCAAAGAGCCUUCAGUGGGUUGGCUUCGACAUGGUUACCCUCGAUCACUGGGCUCAUGAUCUUGAUGUUACGAGCAAGAAGUGGAUGAUGAUGGGUAUGGAGCUAUAG